AUGUUUCUUAGAUUCUGUUCUGGACACUGCUUUCUGCUUUCCAUCAACAGGUGUGGGUUGGGAUGGGGAGAGGAGGUAGGGUUGGGUUGGGAGGGAUGUGCUGGGGUGUGUGUGAGAGGAGGUAGGGGUGUGAGUGUGUUGCGAGGGUUCGUUGGCAGGAGCAUCAACGACGCUCUACGCAACUCCAAGGGCUACCGCAACCCUGACUUCAUGCAGCAGGUGGGAAUGAGAUGGGUGGGUGGGGGAGAGGGGUGUGACUGUGUUGGGAGGACCAGGAGGGUUGUCACCGUUGCUCUACUCGACUCCAAGGGCAACUGCAACGGUCUGUUUGUCCCUCUAUCCACUUCCCAUUGGCCUUUGGCUCUCCCGUUUUCUCUCUUUCUCUCGCUACAGGUAGUGAAGCAUGAGGGUAUAGACGAACAUGGCUCCUGCUUUUCUAAGGACGUCUUUAAUCCCCAUGGCUUUGACCGUCUUGACUACUAUGACGCCCUUGUGGCGGAGCAGAGGAGGGAGAUGGAGCGUAAGGAGCAGGAGAGGAGGCAGAAGGGCGGGCAGAUAGAGUUUCAACGAGGGGGCACUGUGGAGCCCAACCCGUUCAAGAUGCUGCAGCUGCAGCAGCAGGCGGAGCAGGGGGGAUGGCACCUGGGCAACCAUUGGCAGCAGGAGCCGCAGCAGCAGGACACCGGUGCUGCUGGUGGUGCUAGCGGGGAUGGGUUGACAAGAGGCGGAAAGAGGAGCAAAUGGGAUAAGGUUGUGGCUGAUGCCCCACCAGCAGCAGCGGGAGGAGCAGUAGCAUCAACAGCUGGAUCCGCUGCUACUGGUGCUACUGGUGCUGCCGCUGCUGCUGCCGGUGCUGGUGGUGCCGGUGGCGUUGCUGGUGCUGGUGGUACUGGCAUGGGCAUAGGGCGAGGGGCGCACAUGGCAAUGGCAGCAGCGAGAACACAUGCAGCUGCCAUCACUGCCGUCGCUGCUGCUGCUGCCGCUGGUGGUGCCGCACCCACAGUGCUGGUUAGGGGAGGGGGGUUGGGUUAUGCUGCCAUGGGUGCUGCUGCCAUGGGGGGUGCGGGGCCCACAGGCGCACACAUGUCGUAUGAUAAGAGCGGGCACAGGCGUUGA